AUGAGUGACACGUACGAUGAAGAUGAAGAUAGGUUAAUGAUUGACGAUAAAUCAGAUGUAAAUGAUUCGCCAGCUAAUUUGCAUACGAUUAGACCGGCUAAUUCAAAUUCUUUUAGUGGUUUAGCGAAUUCGAAUCAAGAAAGUGUGGCGUCGCCAUCAGUAGAGUGUAAGUCGAAACAUCGUACGAGCGAUCUUAAAAUGCAUAUUAAAAAGUCGCAGAAUUCGUUUGGGGUAAACAAAGCAAACACUGAUGAAUAUCGUCUUGAUGAUUCGUCUGUUAAAUUAAAUGUUGGUAAAGAUAGCGUAGAUGGAGUAAAGGAAGAUGGUGAGAUUGAGGAUGAAGAUGAAAGGAUUAAUGGUGCUUUCAAUAUUCGUUCCUUAUCAUCACAGAAAACACUGUGGUCAUCAAAUUUUGAAUCAGUUGGAGAUGAUUCAGAGUUCCGAAUUAUGGAUAAUGAACAGAACCCAGUUGUUUCUAAUUAUCAGAAUGGUUCUGAAACGCAUUCACACCAUCAAAACCUUGCAGCUUCCAGAAGUUGUCAAACUUCAAAGAACUCAGUUGAUUCGAUGCGAUUAAAGGAUCUCAAAAUAUUUUCCAAUUUAUCAUCACCUUUUCUCAGCAAUUCACACUCGGGCAAUGAUGAACAAGAAAAUUGUAAUGCGCGUUUUCAGUCUAAGCGGAUUAAAGUGGAAAAAAAUGAUGAAAUGGCACAAUAUUCUUUGCCAUCGGAAUUACUUGCUGCUUCAUCCACUGUAAAGUCAGUCGAACGUUCCAACAAGUCGCGCAGAAAAAAAAAUAAACGUCAUUAUGAUGGAGAAUGUAUAUUGCCAAUCGCAUCAAGCUCAAAUAUGUGUGCAACGUCUUCGGUUAAUAUAAAAAAUGAAAAUGAAACAAACCGAAAGAGAAAACAUCACAUGCGAGAUAAAUCGACUUGCGUAAGUGUUCGUUCAGUUCAGACUUGUGAAGAUGACAUUGAUGUUCAAAUUGGUAUGAGGUAUUGUAUGGAAUUUUCUGUCGUCGCGAAAUUUUCGAAUGCACUUUAUUUUGUAACGAAUUGGAAUGGUCACGAAUUAUGUGGAGUUUUGGGUGAUGGAGGUCCGGUGCUUCGUCCUAAUCUUUUUAACAAAAGAAAAAAGACACAAGGAAAUAGUAUAGCUGAUGAAGUCGGUAAUAGUAAUUCUUUUGAAGUGAAUAAUUCCACUUCAGUGAAAAAUCGAAGUCUUAAAAGGCAUAACAGAAGUUCGUCUGCUUGUCCAAUGAAUGGUGUGAAUGAUAUCAAACAAACUGGUAAAAAGAAUUCUUUUAACUGGCCUACUAGUGGUUCGGCUGGUGAGUUGCUAUCAAUGAUAGGAGAAAAUGACGAUGAAAAGUCACAAUCACCUAUAUUUUGGCUAAAUAGUGGUGGCAGUGACCCUUAUGAUAUAAACGCACCAUGUAAAGAAAACGGUAGUCAUAUGCAUAUAGCAGAAGUUGAUGCUUCAACUUUGCCGUUCUCAUGUCCGGUUGUUGGCUGUGAAUAUCGCUAUGACAAUCAGGCACAGCUCACCUUCCACUAUCAGGACCAUUUCGACAAGAUCAAUAAAAGAGCAAUCUUCGUCGAACCGGUUGGAACACAAACAGAAUUGGUAGGAAUUAUGAAAGAUGUGGGAACUGAUCCGAUGGUAGAAGAUUUUACAGAACCAGUAGCAGAGACGAGCCCAGAGCUUUUUGUAAAUAAAGAUCAUCAGCCACAUAUUGAUAGUAGUGCGAAUUGUGCAUCACAAGUUAGGCUGACACCAAUGCUUAGUAAUAUGGAACAACAAAGUAUAAAUGAGCUGUUCAAGGUUGUUGAGCGAAAAGACGAAAAAAAAAAAGUAGAAUCGAAUUCAACAACCAGCUUUUCUACUCCGAAAAAGUGUAUUGCGAAAAGCACGAGCAAAAUCUCAGAUAUCUCUAAAUCCCGUGAUGGACUGCCGAAACUAAUAAAUGAUGCACCAUCUUCAUCAACAGCCUUGGAAGCUAUGCAAAAAAUGGUUUUUGAUGAUCAUCCUAAAAAGGAAUCGUCAGCUGAUAAAUGUCUUUCAGCGGGUGCAUCAUUAGCUGUCAGUUUAUUAGGGCCAGAAAGUCCAUCAAAAUCAACGUCAAGAAUGAUGGCGGCAUCACCAGCGUUCUCUGAUAUUUCGGACGAUGCACCUACAUUGGAAAAAGAAGUUUCUGAUAAAACAGAUGAUUGUCUGUUGGAUAGAGUGAAAAUAUUGAUGAACACUAAAGUCAAAAGUCCUUUGGGACCAUUAAGUUUAUCAGUAGAUGAUGAAAAAUUGGGAAGACAAUCAACGAGUGUAACUAGCGAAAGUAAUCAAAAACCAUUAUAUUUAUGUUCUACUGCUUCAUCUGCUGACGCAAAUUCAGAUUCGUCAGAUCGUCAAAUCAAAGGGUCAUCUAUCAAUGCUACGAAAACUGUUGAUAGCAGUAGCAAGAAGAUUGAUACAAAAGAUUCCUUUCCUUCAAGUACCACGUCUGGCUUGUUUCCUCCUUUUAUUGGCUUGGAUCCGACUGUGUCUUUCCCGCCAGGUUUACCUCCCCCAAUUGGGUUGCCAGUUAGCGUCACAAGCACUACUACGGGUUCGACGUUACCAUCUUCUUGUCACAUUCCGUUUAUGUAUAAUCCUUCAUACCUGAUGAAUUUUGGUUUAAAUUCUGCAGUACCACAGGUGCCAACUUCAGUUGCUUCAUCGAAACAUAAAAUUCAUGAUUUGAAGACAUCCGCAAAUGUUUCAUCUGGCUCGAAAGAUAAUUCUUGUGCUACGCGUUUGUCGCCAUCAAUGAUUGCGUCACCAGGUGGAAGGUCUCAUUCAGUUGGACCUGCGAGCAGUGCAACUGCCGGAUCGGCCUCUGGAAUAUCUAAGUCAUCUCUCCAUCAUCAACAGCACGCUUCUGGCUCACUUUCCAAUUCAAAAGCAAUAUCGAAGGCUGGAAUUCCAUUUGCGUUUCCGCCGCCAAAUUCAUCAACCCUGCAAGUUCCAAAUGAUCGUAUUUCCGCAUCAUCCCAAGCCAUGAAUCUUGUGCAGCAGCAACAGGCUCAUUAUUUUGCUGCUCAUUUGCAGCAACAACAACAACAAUUACAGUUUAUGCAAUCGCAAAUGCGAUAUGGUUUUCCGAUAGUAAGUGGUCCUGCAUCAAUGGCCCCUAUGGGUCCUCUCGCUGCGCAGCAGGCCUACGAGCAAUUUGCUGCGAUGCAUGCUGCAUCAUUUGGUUGA